AUGGAAGAAGCCAUUGGAGACCGGACCGUAUGCAUAACCCUCCAUCCAGGGUUUGAAAGCGUCUGCUUAAACCGCCACGUAUUAGAAGUGGCUGCACUGGGCCUAAAAAAGCGAGCUGGAAAGUCGUACACAACUGUUCGUGGACAAAGCAACAAAAGUGAUAAUGAGUAAGUUGGGGUAUUGUUGACUUUGUAUCGGAACGAUCGAACCUUACAUAGCAUUGAAUAAUUGAUACAUCUAAGCUUAUCGCCGUGGACUGAUCUCAUAGAAUCACAUUUUUUAUUUUCUAAAUGGCUUUAUUGCCCCCAACUGCUUAUUUUUAAAAGGAGUAUUUAUUUAUCUCCAUCCAAUCCCUCCUUGAAUUAACAGUGAUCUCAUUUCUCUAACUAGAUUCCUGAGGUCUGUGGCCUAUCGCCAAUUUACAAGACUGCUGUGGAGUUAUAUUGGUAGUUCCAGGCGAUAUCCCUUGCCCUGUUGUGCCUACAAUAAAAUCAGGAAACAAUUUCCGAGUCAAAAUGGCCAUUAUCGUGGAUUCGAAGAUGAAGAAAAUUAA